UCCCCGCCCGACGCCACUGCUAGCGCGCACUGGGCGCGCCCACGACCGGCGCCCAGCGCCGCCGUCACCCCUCCACAUGCUGACCUCGCCGCCAUCUCUACCCGCAGCGCCAUCUCCCUUCCAACUCUCCCGGGCGAACCCGAUGGAGCGGCGGAAGAUGCUCGCGGACCUCCUCCGGGCGAGCGCGAGGGGCCCGGACCUCCGCGGCGGCGCGCAGCUCCACGGCGCGCUCACCAAGCUCGGCUUCGGAUCCGACACCAUGCUCGGCAACAACCUGGUCGACAUGUACGCCAAGUGCCGGAAACUCGACAUGUCCCGCCAGGUGUUCGACGGAAUGCCCGAGAGGAACGUGGUGUCCUGGACGGCGCUCAUGGUGGGCUUCCUGCAGCAGGGGCGCGCCGGUGAGUGCCUCAGGCUGUUCGGGGAGAUGCGGCGGGUCUCGGAGGCCGCGCCAAAUGAGUUCACGCUCUCGGCGACCCUCAAGGCGUGCGGCGUCGCUGGCGACACGGGCGCCGGUGUUCGUGUCCACGGGGCCUGCGUGAGGAUGGGGUUCGAGGGGCACGGCGUCGUCGCCAACUCGCUGGUGCUCGUGUACUCCAAGGGCGGGAGGAUCGGCGACGCGCGGCAGGUGUUUGAUGGCGCUGCUGCGUUCAGGGACCUCGUCACCUGGAACGCCAUGAUCUCUGGCUACGCGCAUGCCGGCCAAGGCAGGGACUCGCUGCUCGUCUUCCGGGAGAUGCAGCGGCGAGGAGACGAGGAUUGUCAGCCUGAUGAGUUCACCUUCGCCAGUUUGCUGAAAGCUUGCAGUGGCCUAGGCGCGGCUCGCGAGGGCGUGCAGGUUCAUGCAGCCAUGGCGGUCAGAGGGGUCUUCAUGGCACCCAGUGCCAUCCUCGCCGGCGCGCUGCUUGAUGUGUAUGUAAAAUGCCAUUGCCUGCCGGCGGCAAUGCAAGUGUUUGAUCGGUUGGAAAGGAAGAAUGCCGUCCAGUGGACGACGGUGAUCGUCGGGCAUGCACAAGAAGGGCAGGUGAAGGAAGCAUUGGAGCUGUUCCGGCGGUUCUGGAGCUCUGGCGUCCGUGCUGAUGGACAUGUCCUCUCCAGCAUCGUUGGCGUGUUUGCAGACUUUGCUCUCGUCGAGCAGGGGAGACAAGUGCACUGCUACACAGUCAAGAACCCGGCCGGGCUCGACGUGUCAGUGUCCAACUCCCUGGUCGACAUGUACCACAAGUGUGGGCUGACCGACGAGGCGGAGCAGCGGUUCUGGGAGACGCCGAUGAGGAACGUCGUGUCAUGGACAGCGAUGAUCAACGGCCUCGGGAAGCAUGGCCAUGGCCGAGAGGCCAUUGACAUGUUCGAGAAAAUGCGAACGGAAGGCGUGGAGCCUGACGAGGUGAGCUACCUGGCCCUUCUGUCAGCGUGCAGCCACUCUGGCCUUGUUGAGGAGUGUCGCCGGUAUUUCUCAAUGAUCCGCCAGGACCGGCGGCUGAGGCCGAGAGCAGAGCACUACGCGUGCAUGGUGGACCUCCUCGGCCGCGCCGGGGAGCUCACGGAGGCCAGGGACCUUGUUGCGACGAUGCCAAUGGCACCCACCGUUGGCGUGUGGCAGACGCUGCUCAGCGCCUGCAGGGUGCACAAGGACGUCUCCAUAGCCAGGGAGGCGGGUGAUGCCCUCCUGGCCAUGGAUGGCGACAACCCGGCCAACUACGUGAUGUUGUCCAACAUCUUUGCCGAGGCCGGGGAAUGGCGCGAGCACCAGCUGGUGCGCAAUGCCAUGCGGCGCAGGGGCCUGCGGAAGCAGGGCGGAUGCAGCUGGGUGGAGGUCGGGAAGGAGGCACACUUCUUCUACGGCGGUGACACAACCCACCCUCGCGCGGCCGACAUCCAGUGUGUCCUGCUGGACGUGGAGAACAGGAUGAGGGAGCAGCUAGGGUACAGCCCGGGCGCCGUGGUCAGUGAUGGCACACAGCUGCAUGACGUGGACGAGGAGUCACGUGCUGAGGGACUGCGGGCGCACAGCGAGAGGCUGGCUGUGGGGCUGUGGCUGCUGCACCACGGUGAGCACCACCAUGGCGAUGGGGAGGAAGAGGAGGAGGGUAGUUGGGAGGUGAUCAGGGUGUACAAGAACCUGCGGGUGUGUGGCGACUGCCACGAGUUCUUUAAGGGGCUGUCGCGGGUGGUGGGGAGGGCGAUGGUGGUCAGGGACGCCAACCGGUUCCACAGGUUCCAGGACGGCGCCUGCUCCUGCAAAGACUACUGGUGACUUCUGACUUGGCUAACUGAACUCACACUGAAGCAGGCACCUCAUAGGCUGGCUUGACAAAGAAGGCAUACGCCACCAGCGAAACGCAAAGAAACAUGGAUAUCCAUUGGCGUGUCAUCAAGAUAACCGCUCUGCCCGGAGUUGUGCAGGCAACAGGCAACAUACAAUCUAUGUUGUGAUGAUGGUCCUUUCAGGAAGAAGAUUUGGGGAUUGCCAUAUGCCCAAGUGAAGUUGAGCAUUUGAUUUGGGCGCUGAUUUGAUCACAGUAUCCUGGCAGCUCGAUCUCGUGUGAAGAUAUUUGUUCUUUCUGUAUACAAGAUUAAACAUGGGUGGAUGCAGAUCACUUGUUUUCGAAGUGUGAGUUCCUGGGGGAAUGAAGGUGCCAGCAGCUUGGUUUUGAAUUGCCGGUUGGUUCCUCGGCUAAAACAGAGUCCCGAGGACCUCGCAUGCCCUGAAUUUUUAUGCUUUCCUUUGGCCUUGGUGGUCUGUCUGGUCGCGGCAAAGUGAAUGCCAGUUACUGAGCCUCAUGAGGAACUUCAGCAUCUAUAUACGGAUUAGCCAGGUACGUAACAUACAUUGCUGAAUUUACUUGAAGGAGAAUGUUGAAUGCCCGAGAGGCUCGAGUUCCUCUUGUAGACCACUGGUCCUAGUGAUAUGCAUUGGCCUGCCCUCCUUGCUGUGUCUCUAUCUGGCUUCUUAGGCCUUGUAAUCUUUGAGUUGUGAUGCCAGCAACUCGCCGUUUACACCCGUGUGCUGAGUGCUCUGUGUUGCCGCCGUUAACGAAAUGUUCAGGUGGGCAGCUUCUGCUUGACCCCCUGUAAACCUUUCAAGUUUCUUUCCUUUUAUAUAU